GUGAAAGGAUAGAUAAAUUUGAAAUUCACAAGUUGAAAUUUAAAAAACAAGUUUGAAAUUCAAAUGAAAAUAAAAGUGACCCAUAAAAAUGGAAUAUUCUCAAUCAACCAAUAGAAAACUUGUGUACAGGAUUCCUUUUGUACACUAAGUGUACCUUAAAUUGCUCCUAUAUAAUUCAUAAUAUUCAUAAUGACAUGUAAUUUAAAAUUGCUUGAAAUGUUGGAAAAAUGUUUUACGGAGUAGUCAAUCAUUUGUGAUCGUUUAUUGAAAAUCAAGCUCUAUUUUUUCUUUUCUUUCUCCUCCUUUUUUCUAGCAAAAUUUUUCUUACUGUUGUGCGCUGCGACUUGUCGGAAACCACCGCAUCCGACGAUCUUCCAGCGAGGUGGCCGUCAAAUUUCUUUGGAUUCUAGCUUUCGGCGGCGGAGCUUUGAAGGGUCAUUCUUUUUUUUGUUGGAGCAUCUCAAAAUCAGAGUAGCAGCACGGCAUCAUAAUUUAUGAAAGCAUUUUAUGACCUAGUGUCCAAAAAGUUGGAACCAAGGUAAUUGUAGGUUAUAUCUGUAAUGGCUAUAUCCCAACUGAGAAACUCUAGUCUUCCAUUGAUGAAUCUAGUAAGAAUGAAUAGAGUACCUAUACUACAGCAGCUACAUCUUGAAGAAAAGCUGCUUCGUACUUCAUCAGACAAUUGGUGUGUCAUUAAUGAUGGAACACCUGAUCCUACAGUUGUCAUGGGAAUAUCGGGCAAGCCUGCGGAACUUCUUGAUGUUAAAUCCGUGCUGCGAGAUAAGAUUUCUGUCAUCAAACGAUUCACUGGGGGAGGUACUGUUAUUGUUGAUCAUGGGACAAUCUUUGUUUCAUUCAUAUGCAAUAAAGAGGCUGUUCCUGGUUUGCAAGCAUAUCCUCAGCCAAUAAUGGCGUGGAGUAGUCUAUUGUAUGAUGAAGUUUUUCAGGGAGCUGAGGACUAUAAGCUACGUGAAAAUGAUUACGUGUUUGGAAGCCGAAAAUUUGGAGGCAAUGCUCAAUCCAUCACUAAAAAUAGGUGGAUCCAUCACACAUCGUUUUUGUGGGACUAUGAAGAUGCAAAUAUGACGUACUUGAAAAUACCUCAGCGAGCACCAAAGUAUAGGCAGGCAAGGGACCAUUCAGAAUUUAUAUGCCGCAUGAAGGAUGUUUUACCGAGAUCAGAAUUUAUCCAUCGUACAAUCAAGGCAGCUGAAACCCAUUUUUCGUUGACAUCCAUUCCAUUGGAUCAAAUUGAAUCGCUUGAUAAUACAAAGUUUAGUCCGUCUUCCAAGAUUCUAACAACAGAGGAACUGGAGGCUACAAUCCAAAAGGAAGAUGACAGUUUAUUGUCCCAGUCAUUGUGAGGAUUUGUUCUUUUGAUGAGCAAGCCAAGAAUACUUUUUUCUUUAUGGAAUUAUUAUGUUCAUUACAUCAUAAUUCAUCAAUUUAAUUGUAUAGAAACUUUUAUACUUUGAACUAACCAAUUUUUGAUUCACCACGAAAAAGCACAGCUAAAAAGUGGUUAUUGUUGAAUUAAUAAAUUUUGGUAAUAAUUGACGUUAUGAUCUC